CCUCUGAGGUGUUUCGUCAGGACGAUAUUGUGAGAAAGUAAGCUGGACCUCGCUGUCUUAUUUUGAAGGGCACAGCGGAUGUCUUGGUCAUGAUUGCUAGCUUGAUGUUAUGGAGCGGCUAGUGUAUCGGACAGCUACCCUGGUGUGAACUUUAUUUCAGGCGCUAAAGACAUUCAAUCCCCCUUUGUUCCAGUUUAGAAGUUUGAGUGAUUUCGGUGAACAUGGCGGACCGGGAGGAGCGCCGGUUCGCCGAGGUUUCCCGGGAGUCUGUCAGACUGAUGGCGGAGGGCGCAGGUGUGGAGCUCGGUGAUGAUGUGGCGGCUCUGCUGGCCGAGGACGUGUGUUACCGACUCAGGGAGGCAACGCAGAGCAGCUCUCAGUUUAUGAGACACGCCAAGAGGAGGAAGCUGACGGUGGAGGACUUCAACAGAGCUCUGCGCUGGAGCAACGUGGAGGCCGUCUGCGGCUAUGGAGCCCAGGAUGCGCUGCCUUUCCGUUCAGUGAAAGAAGGCGAGCUCUUCUUUGUUGAGGAUCGGGACGUCAAUCUGGUCGAGCUGGCGCUGGCUACCAACAUCCCCAAAGGCUGUGCUGAGACCAUGGUGCGAGUCAAUGUGUCAUACCUGGAUGGUAAAGGUAACCUGGAGCCUCAGGGUACAGUUCCUACUGCAGUACAGUCUCUGUCAGAUGACUUGCUGAAGUACUACCAGCAGAUCACAAGGGCCAUCUUAGGAGAGGACCCGCAUCUCAUGAAGGUGGCUCUGCUGGACCUCCAGUCUAACUCCAAGAUUGCAGCCCUGCUUCCGUACUUUGUUUAUGUCAUCAGUGGAGUAAGUUUUAGGGUUACACAAAUCAGCAUUUAUGAUUCUCAUCACCAUGCUCCACUGCUACCCUCCUGUGUCCUGAAUGCUCCUCUCUCUGUGUUCACCUGUUUCUGCUGGCAGGCUGUUGAGCGCGUCCUCUUUCCACACCUUCCUGCGUACUGGGCCAACCUCCAGGCUGUGUUAGACGAUUACUCUGUGUCCAACGCCCAGGUGAAAGCUGACGGACACAAGGUCUACGGAGCUAUCCUGGUGGCGGUGGAGCGCCUGCUAAAGAUGAAGGCGCUGUCUCUGUCGCAGUCAGCAGAGGGACACCCCGGUGCUCAUCCGGGUUCUGUGGUGGGAGCUGCGAGCUACAGGGUGAACUCUCCGGGACUCAGCCCACCUCCUGAGCCUCUGUCAGAAGCUGCCCUUGGAAUUGCCAGCCACCUCCAGGUGGGUGGAGCCGGCUGUCACUGGGAGGAGUGGACCCCCGUCCCUCUGCCCGCCAUGUACUGUGAGCUUUACUCGUUCUUCGGCGACAGCCUGGCUGUCCGCUUUAGCACAGGUCCAGGAUUUGGCACCCACUCGCCCUGCACUCCAUCCCAGCUUAGUGACUCCAGGAAGGAGCCUCCCGGCCCCGCCUCCAACCUCGACACCACCCGGAAGAUGCCACAGCUCACCGCCAACCUCAACAUCAGCCCCAGACAGGACGGGAGUCCGCGCACUGAUCCACCUCCGCCGAGUCUUUCAGGCACAGGGUCAGUUAGGGCUGUGCCUCGCGCCUCGUCUAUGCAGCGCUCCAAAUCCUCCUCGUCGUGUUCACGCCAACGUUCAGCUGGUCUGUCUCGUGAGGUGUUCCCCAAAGCUCGCUUCACCUCACCUCAGACCACACCACCUGUGUUUUCCUUUCUUAUUGGUGGGCGGCAAAUGGGUCAGCGUUGUCAAGGCCGCCGCCCUUUCCAGACGAUGUUUGCAACAACUCCGCCUGUUCCUGCUGUUCCACCACGUACCUAUGCACACAAGCUGCCCGUCAUCGGCAGGGUGGGCAAACCUGUACGUCGCUGGACAUGUUCACAUUACUCCCUUCACCUGCCUCUAUAGUGUGUGUGUGUGUGUGUGUGUGUGUGUGUGUGUGUGUGUGUCACAGACUGUAUGACUGCUGCAGACUCUUCCAGGCACACGUUGCUCUGAUUCAGCUGCUGGAGUUUUAGAUGUUGUCAGUAAAGAGGCAACACAGGGCUCAGCUGACACUCACAUGUAUGAACAUGCAGAUGAGGCCCAAAGAGAUUCUUAACAUGCUAAUUAAACAGCCAGUCAAUAUCUCAAUGUCAGCAUCUGCGAAUAAGACCAUGAAAUGUGACACGUGACAGCCUG